AUUUCUUGUUAUAUGAUAUUCUGCUGGCAUAAGCAAAGUAUUUGCCAGGAGCUGCUGCAGUUUCUCGUCCCUAAGCUUGUAGCACUACUGGUGGCACCCAUUUCAACAUGGUUAUGGGGGCACUGUCACGCCCGAACUUUAAGACUGCCUCCAUGCAAGUUGCUGAGACGAACUUUGCUCUGAACAUGCUUCGACAAACUCCUGCAAGUGAAUCGAUGGUGGUGUCUCCAGUUUCGGUCAUCUUCGCACUCGCCAUGGUUCAACUAGGUGCGAAAGGACAUACAAAAACGCAGAUCAAUCGAGUGAUUGCAAAUGGCGCUACCGAUGGGGCCAUAAUAGACUUCUAUUCGUCUCUUUCCAAGAACAUUACAAACUCACAUGGAGCACAAGCAAAAAUCGCUAAUGGGCUCUUUCUGAACAAGACGUUUUCGAUAGAAAAGGAUUAUGCGAGCAUGAUUGUCAAGAAGUAUGGCGCUGCAGUCAAGGCGUACGACUUCAACCAGGCAGCAAAAACUGCUAAGAUAAUCGACAACUUUGUACGUGAAAAUACUGAUGGAAAAAUCAAAAAUAUCAUAACAGCGAAUGCCGUAAAAAAUGAAGUCGCUCUAAUAGUAAAUGCGAUUUACUUCAAAGCCAAUUGGUAUAACGAAUUUAACAAGCGAUCUACAACUUCGACCAUGUUUUAUCAUUCUGCAACUAAUAAGGAAAAGAUAAAGUUCAUGAGAGUGAUUGCAAAAAAUCGCCUGUAUGCUGAGAAUGAUGUCGUUCAAGUUUUAUCGCUACCUUACAAGGACACCUCAUACUCUUUCAAUAUAAUUUUGCCUAAGAAAAAGUUUGGCCUCGAGGAGCUCCGAAAAAAAUUGGACGGAGCAACACUUCAAAACUUGCUUUCACGGCUGAGAAUCACAUUAUUAACGAUUUCCAUUCCCAAAAUGAAACUCGAGAAGGACUACAAUCUGAAAAAGGCGUUGAAAGCUAUGGGGGUUACCAAUCUCUUCAACCGUUCUUUAGCCGAUUUGACAGGGAUUUCAAAAAAGGGCCUGUAUGCAUCUGAAGCAAAGCAUAGAGCUUUAAUUGAGGUUGACGAGAAGGGAACAACUGCAGCUGCAGCAACAUAUAUCGGACUACGAGCGCAUUCGGCAAGGAGGCCCAGAGCCAAAAAGUUCAUCGCAGAUCACCCAUUCAUCUUCAUUCUCACUAAGGAUAGAAAUGCUCUCUUUAUCGGCCAGUAUGUGUGAUGAAUGUUGUACUCGACAUCCACUU